GAGAAAACAGAGCAGUUAAACAUGAGGUUUGAAUUAGAUACACAAGUAAUUGUAUCUUUCGGAGAUACAUACAGAUAAGCAACGAUGAGCAAAGAUCAAGCAGCUGCCAAGUCAUACAAAACUACCAACAAGAAAAAGGAUGACGACGAUCCAGGGAAACUUAUUAAACCUGCUGAUCAACUGGAACUCUCUGAGGCUGAGCUGAAAGAGGAAAUGACAAGGACUCUGACUGCAAGAAAUCCACAUGCCCCCCAAAAUAUUGCCCACUACAAAUUUAAUGAUGGCGCUUACAAGCUGACCACCGCUGUCAAUCACAUGGCUGUUCACUUUGUCUUGGAGGGUUGUCUCGAACAUCAAGACUUUGAUGAUAGUCACAGUCUGACAGCCACUGAGGAACUCACUGAAGAUGCAACAGGUGAGGGGGAAGAAGAAUCUGAUGAGGGGGGAUCUGGUGACGGAGGUGAGGAAGAGGCUGGAGAAGACGACAUACCAGACAGUGCUGCCUCCAAAGCAAACAAUGAGCCAAAAUGUACAAAUCAGUUCAACUUUAUCGAAAGAGCCUCUCAAACAAUCAAUAAUCCACUGCAGGGUAGAAGCUGCCAGACUGUCCCUCCUCCACGCUACAACUACUACGCCACUGCUUUUCAGUGGGACAUAUAUGAUGUUUACAUGGCAGAGCUACAGAAACAAGAGGUGAAAAAAGAGAAACAGAAAGAUAAAAGUUGUGAAAAAAACAAAAAGAUGAUGCUCAUUGAGAAACCCAGUGAUGACAUCACCCAAGUAUCCAAAUCAGCCAAGCUGUUGGAGCGGAUGGUCAAUCAGAACACUUUUAAUGAAGUAGCACAAGAUUUCAAAUACUUUGAGGAUGCGGCAGAUGAAUUUAGGGAUGAGGAGGGCACUGUUCUCCCCCUGUGGAAGUUCCACUAUGACAAAGCCAAAACGAUGUGUGUCACUGCCCUCUGUUGGAAUUUUAUUUAUCCCGAUUUUUUUGGUGUGGGAUUGGGAUCAUAUGACUUCAACAAACAAGGCUGUGGGAUGCUUCUCUUCUACACCUUGAAGAACUCUACCUUCCCUGAGUACAUCUUUCCUACAGGUUCUGGUGUCCUGAGCCUCGACAUUCAUAAGCAACAUUCCUACCUGGUAGCUGUCGGUUUCUAUGAUGGCUGCGUGUGUGUGUACAAUUUGAAAAAGAAGGGACUGGACCCUCAGUACAAGAGCACUAUUGACACUGGCAAGCACACUGACCCUGUCUGGCAGGUACGCUGGCAGAAUGACAACAGCCUCAAUUUUUAUUCAGUGUCUUCUGAUGGCCGAGUCGUGUCAUGGAUGCUCAUCAAGAAUGAGCUGCUCUUCUCAGAUGCUCUCAGGCUUGCGCUGGAUUAUACUGUGUCUGAUGGCCUGGAGGGUAUUCAGGAACUUAUUAGAUCUAGUGGCACAUCCUUUGACUUUCACACACAGAUUGAUGAUCUCUUCAUAGUUGGCACUAAGGAGGGGAAAAUACACAAGUGCUCAAAGAAUUACUCAAGCCAGUACCUAAAGACAUAUGAUGGCCACAACAUGGCAGUGGAUACCGUAAGGUGGAAUCCCUAUCACCCCAAGGUUUUCAUCUCCUGCAGCUCGGAUUGGACUGUCAAGAUCUGGGACCAGGAUUUCAACCCUCCAAUGUUUACAUUUGAGCUCAAUGCAUCGGUUGGCGAUGUGGCUUGGGCACCGUACUCCUCUACUGUCUUUGCUGCUGUCACCACAGAAGGACUGGUUCAUGUUUUUGACCUUGCCAUCAAUAAGUAUCAGGCUAUCUGCCAGCAGCCAGUGGUGAAUAAAAAGAAGACCAAGCUGACUCACAUUGAGUUUAACCCUGUCGAGCCCGUCAUCAUAGUGGGUGAUGACAGGGGCUCUGUUAUCAGUCUCAAACUGUCCCCUAACCUCCGCAAGAAACCAAAGGGGAAAAAGGGGCGGGAUUUGGUGGAAGGCCCUGAAGCGGAAGUCGCCAAGAUAGAGAAGUUACUCAGUCUGCUGAGACAUUGAGCAAAGUGCAGCUAUAAAGUAGCCAACAUUUCGUUUCAUCAACACUGUA